AUGGCUUUUGUUGCCGAGCCUAUCCCGAGAGGUGCUGCAUCCGCCGUGUCACCCUCGUUGGGGGCAGGCGUGUACAGCACCUAUGUAUUGACUUCUUCGCCUCCGCGGCGAAAAGUCGACAAUCACAGUCAACGCGGGCUCCUGCUCACUUUGCUCUCUACCUCUGUCGCUGUUGUGGUGCACAGGGGACGCAGGCAAUCGCAGAGGUCUUGCAUGACCCUGAGAAGCAAGCCAGACGUUGAUGUUGAGGAAAGGCUUCGAGAAGUGGAAAGCACCAUGUCCAUGGACUCUGUCGAAGACAAUAUGCUACAGGCAGAGUUGGAAGGCAUCGAAGCCCAGAAGGGAUCUGCAGGCCUUCGUUAUUCAGAGACACGAAGUCUACCACGCUUCUUGUUCCUGCGAGAGCCCGGUUACCGUGCAUUUGCCGCCAACGUGCCUGGGGAUCUGGGCUUUGAUCCGCUUGAACUAUGCACAGACGUGCGCAAGUUUGUCGAGUAUCGUGAAGCAGAGCUCAAGCACGGCAGGUUGGCGAUGUUCGCAGCAGUUGCUUGGCCACUGGCCGAGAUCGUGGAUGUCAACAUUGUUGGCUCUGACACGAAUGCUGUAGACUUCCUUGCAGAGACCGGUGGAAAGAUGCUUCCGCAAUUUGGAGAGAAUGACACGUUCGUUGAAGUCUUUGGGGCCAUAGUCUUGGCAGUAGGCGGCGCAGUAGAACUAUUUCGUGGCGAAGGGAAGGAUGGAAACGAGCCAGGAGACAGUGGAUUCGACCCGUUGAAGCUGAAAGCCUGGCAACCACCAGCCGUUCUUCGCAGUUUCCUUCCAGAGAAUCGACCUUGGAUGGGUGAGGCAGAGAUUCAACAUUCACGUUUGGCUAUGUUGGCCGUUUUGUAUGACAUUCUCGUGGAGCUCUUUACACCGAACCCAGUGGUGGAGGACACAGAGUACAUCUUCCACAAAAUCGAUGCCCGACUCCUGAGGUGGGAUUACUGGGCCUUGCAGCCAAGCACCCUUGAAGUUGGGCCAGAUGUUCAGAUUUGA